GAUGAAUGGUGAUCCAGAAUCAUUGAUUCCUACACCUUGUCCCCAUGUCUAGUGAAAAAGCUUCUUUCAGCAACUCCGGUUCAUUAAAAUUACCUCUUUCUCCUCUCCAUUAUCAUCUCAGAGAUUGCUCCAAUAACACAUAGAUUUGGUGACCAGAACAACUAUUACUCGCAGUGGUUCAACCUCUCUCUAUCUUUUCUCUCUCUUUCUCUUAUGAAUACACAUAUAGGUAAUGAUAAGAGAGGUUGACACCUAGAACUGAAAAAACCAUGACUUUCAACCGAAGCAACCUCUUCUCAUUAUUCCUCCUCCACCUUCUAGUCCCCACACAAGUCCAAGCUCUCAACGCUGAUGGUGUUCUUCUGCUAUCUUUCAAAUACUCUAUCCUCAGCGACCCUCUCUCUGUUCUGCGCAACUGGAACUAUGAUGAUAAAACACCAUGCUUGUGGACAGGUGUCACAUGCACAGAGCUUGGGAAGCCCAGCACACCAGACAUGUUCAGAGUCACAAGCUUGGUACUUCCCAACAAACACCUUCUUGGCUCCAUCGCUCCGGACUUGUUCUCCAUCCCGCAUCUAAGGAUCUUGGAUCUAUCCAGCAACUUCUUCAACGGGUCACUCCCGGACUCGGCCUUCAACGCUACUGAGCUUAGUGUUAUCUCCCUUGGAAACAACAAUCUCUCUGGUGAUUUGCCUACGAGUAUCAACAGUGUGACAAACCUCCAGCUCUUGAACCUCUCAGCCAACGCAUUCACCGGGAAAAUACCGCUCAGCCUCUCACUUCUGAAGAAUCUAACGGUAGUUUCCUUGACAAAGAACUCCUUCUCAGGUGACAUUCCAGGUGGUUUCGAAGCAGUACAGGUUCUCGAUCUCUCUUCAAAUUUUCUGAACGGCUCUCUCCCUCCGGACUUGGGAGGGAGAAGCUUGCAUUACUUGAGCUUAUCACACAACAAACUCUCCGGCGAGAUUCCUCCCGGGUUUGCAGCAAAGUUUCCAGCAAACGCUACAGUCGAUCUCUCCUUCAACAACCUAACAGGCCCAAUCCCUAGCUCCCUCUCUCUACUCAACCAAAAGGCAGAGUCUUUCUCCGGUAAUCCAGAGCUGUGUGGGAAGCCGUUGAAGACCCUUUGUUCAAUUCCUUCUACUCUUUCAAACCCUCCAAACAUACCUGAAAACACUUCACCGGCUAUAGCUGUCAAGCCAAGAAACUCAGCUCCUCCAACAAACUCUUCAACAGAACAACCAAAUCAAACGGUGAAAAGCAAGCUGAAGCCAAGCACUAUCGCCGGAAUCAUUGUUGCAGACAUAGUUGGUCUAGCUAUCAUAGGCCUCUUCGUGCUCUACGUUUACCAAGUCAGGAAACGAAGAAGGUCCCCAGAGUCCAGCACGUUCAGCUUCUUCACAACCUGUCUGGACAAAAACGAAGCCAAGAAAUCAAAACCAAGCUUCGUCGUUGAGGUCAACGUCACUGAAUCACCAGACGCUAAAACGGCUUGCGGCUCCUGCAUAAACGGAGGAAGGUACGACGAGACGUCGACAUCAGAGAGCGACGUAGAGAACAACAACCAGCAAACCGUUCAGGCAUUUGAUCGAACAGAUGGUGGGCGGCUGAAACAGAACGCUCAGACUAAACUAAUCACAGUCGACGGAGAGACUCGUUUGGAUUUAGACACGCUACUAAAGGCCUCAGCUUACGUAUUGGGAACCAACGUGACAAGAAUCGUGUACAAGGCGGUUCUGGAAAACGGCACGGCGUUCGCGGUGCGGCGGAUAGAAACGGAGAGCUGUGCGACGACGAAAGUUAAGGACUUUGAGCGGGAGGUUCGCGCUAUAGCUAAGAUUCGACACCCGAAUCUCGUCAGGAUUCGUGGGUUCUGCUGGGGAAACGACGAGAAGCUUCUCAUCUCCGACUAUGUUCCCAAUGGCAGCCUCCUUGGCUCCUUCACCGCAACAAAGGCAAGCUCAAGCUCGUCUACGCCAUCGUCUCAACACCCACUUUCUUUCGAGGCACGGGUCAAGAUAGCUAGAGGAAUGGCCCGAGGACUAUCUUACCGCCUCAUGACACCGGCACGUGAACCGACGUCGAGCUCACCGUGCUACCAGCCACCGGAAUGGAAUACAAGCGAGAAACCGUACCCUAAGUGGGAUGUUUAUUCCUUCGGCGUCAUUCUCUUAGAACUUCUCACAGGCAAAACGUUUUCGGUCGAUCAAGAUGUAGAUCAGUGGUCAGAGUUGCUUGACGGUUCUGAAGCGGAAGAGAAAGGCCGGUUCUUGAGGUUAGUCGACGGUGCAAUAAGAAGCGAUGUGGCUCGGCAUGAGGAUGAUGCGAUAGUGUGUUUCAGGUUAGGGAUUGAAUGUGUCUCUUCCUUGCCUCAGAAGCGACCGUCCAUGAAGGAAGUAGUGCAAGCGUUGGAGAAAGUGAGUUCAUCACCACCACCACCACCAAACUCUUUUCCCGACCAGGCAGCAUAUAAGGGUGAACUCUGUCUAAAAGACACUUUCUUUUCUGAUAGCAUCUCUACCAAAGAGUUACUAAAAAUGGAAGGGCGAUCUACAACCACCUCCGCUGCGGAGUCACCGGAGAUCCAAUACCACCCACCAAACCCACCAAACCCCCCAAACCAGAUCUUCAUCCUCUCCGGACAAAGCAACAUGGCCGGACGCGGCGGCGUCGUCAAGGAUCACCACCACAACCGUUGGGUAUGGGACAAAAUCGUUCCGUCGGAAUGCGCGCCGGACUCGUCGAUCCUCCGCCUGAGAGCAGAUCUCCGGUGGGAGGAAGCGCGUGAGCCGCUCCACGCCGACAUCGACACCGGCAAAGUGUGCGGCGUAGGUCCGGGGAUGGCGUUCGCCAACGCGGUGAGGAAACGAUCCGACUCGGAUUCCGACGUGAUCGGGCUGGUUCCGUGCGCCGUCGGUGGGACGGCGAUAAAAGAGUGGGAGCGCGGGAGCCGUUUGUACGAAGCGAUGGUUAAGAGAGCGGAGGAGAGUAGGAGACACGGUGGAGAGAUCAAGGCGAUGCUUUGGUACCAAGGAGAGAGUGACGUGUCGGACAUCCACGACGCCGAGAGCUACGGGAGCAAUAUGAGCCGUUUGAUUAAGAACCUUCGUCAUGAUCUUAACCUUCCUUCUCUUCCCAUUAUUCAGGUGGCGAUAGCAUCGGGAGGAGGAUACAUAGAUAAGGUGAGAGAAGCACAGUUGGGUUUGAAACUUUCUAAUGUGGUUUGUGUAGAUGCCAAAGGAUUGCAGCUAAAGCCGGAUAAUCUUCACUUAACCACUGAGGCUCAAGUGCAGCUUGGUCUCUCAUUAGCACAAGCUUACCUUUCCAACUUCUGCUAGACUAUCAAGUUAUUCCUUGUUGAGAAGUGUGAUCGAUGGUAUUUUAAACUCUGCGAAUGUUUGUCUACAUUUCUCAGAAUGAGAUAUGCAGUUUGAGCGAUGGUACUGUUGUAGAGACUAUGUAAUCUUUCACCUUUAGAGCACACAUUAUUAUUCCACGUUGUUACGUUGAAACAGUUUGCUGCUCUUUGUAGAAUAUUUUGAAUAAAAUGUGUUUCAUUUGGACAUGGACAA